ACAUAUCCGGUGUUCUAUCCUGAGGCAACAGUGAGUCGAACCCUGUGCCAACAACCAGUCAUAAUGGUAGUGCCACAGUGACCAGGACAGCUCAUGCUACUAGUACUACACUACAGUAACCAGGUGACACCACUAGUACCACACUACAGCAACCAGGUGAUACCACUAGUACUACACUACAGUAACCAGGUGACACCACUAGUACCACACUACAGUAAACAGCUCAUACCACUAGCACCACACUACAGCAACCAGGUGACACCACUAGUACUACACUACAGUAACCAGGUGAUACCACUAGUACCACACUACAGUAACCAGGACCUAGUACAAGAUGGAAGAACAAGAUCUUAACGACAUGGGAUAUAUAAUUGUACGUGGUGAUGGGUUGCUUGUACGUGGUGAUGGGUUGCCUGUACGUGGUGAUGGGUUGCCUGUACGUGGUGAUGGGUUGCUUGUACGUGGUGAUGGGUUGCUUGUACGUGGUGAUGGGUUGCCUGCAGGUGCUAAUGAGCUGCCUGUACGUGGUGAUGGGCAGCAUGUACAUAGUUAUAGACGAUAUGUACGUGGUGAAGGCCUUCUUGUACGUGGUGAUUGGCGGCCUGUACGAGGUAAUGGACAGCCUGUACGAGGUGAUGGGCGGCCUGUACGUGGUGAUAGGCGGCCUGUACGUGGUGAUGGGUGGUUGUGCCGUCUGCAGGCCGGGUUGAUCGUCCUGCUGGUGGUGAUGACGCAAGCACAGGCAGUAGAUCUCAGAGAUGACUCCAACGCCAAAGACUGUAGAGUGUAUGAAGUGAAGAAGAACCAUUCUUCACCCAAGUCCUACUUCAGAGAGAGCGAGGUCGUCCUUGGUCUUUUGUCUCAGUUUAAAACCUCUCAGAUCCUGGCUGGGAUUAACAUCACCGUGUAUAAGAACAACGGUGACGUCAUACUAUCCACGCGGGUUACAGGCAUCAACAGUCCACUGAUAUGUUCCUGGAGAGACACUCAUAAUCACGAAGAAUCUAUCCGUAUCAGAAAAUUCAGAAAGAGCAAGUUUCAGUGGCAACACAUCGGGCUAUCCAUCCAGAACGGGAAAUUGGUUAUCAACGGGAGCUAUGUGGUGUGUCCGGGGGCUCAGGUGAUUGAUCCUGGUGCCUACAUCGUGGUGACGCCCACACGAGCGUCCGUCAACAUGGUCAUCAACUGCCAGCAUGCUUGUCCGGUCUUCCUCGACUCUACACCGGCCCGCAUCUGGAAUGACAACUUAAUGAAGGCCACAGAUUCGGGGAUGUUCCUGAUGACCACUUCAGGGGAGGCCAGAGUCCACCUUAAGCUGAUCCCGUGUCUGUUCUGUUUUAUUGGCGGGACGCAGGUGUUGGAGGACAUUACUUUCAAUGCCUCCAACAUCGACAGUUCCACGUGGGAGAAGCUACACCUGGAGACGCCAGUUGUCCGUAGGGAUAACAAGACCACAUUCGACAUAUACAUUGUCAGGGUGGGAAGCUACAUGAAGAUAUCUACGAAGGCGUUGUAUGAUGCCCGCCUGCGGUUGGUUGACGCACAUGACGUAGCUUGGUCGGUGGGCUGUGACCCUCGGGACGACCAGCUUAAUUGGAGAAAUGGAUCUAGGCACGCGACGUCGCACCGGCCAGAUGCUUCCCUUGGCAGCUGUUGGGAAUGGCUUGUCCUCAUGAUCGUGUUGUUAUGGACGAUAAUCAUUAGUCAGGUCGCCUAUUGUUGCUUCCUGAGGACCAAGGUUAUGAGACUCAAACUGCGGCAACGGUGUAGUAGUAGAGGUAGUCGCAUACCCUCCGAGCUGUCUGUACCCGUGGCAAAACACCCGGUCCAUCCCGUCGCUUCAUUCAACAAACAUAAGAAUCCUGACUCCUGCACCAUCAGUGGGGACUCAAGUCGACGCCCCAACACAGAGGACGUGAAUAAAGGACAUCGAACGCCAGCCAAUCCUUCAGCUUCCAGGGGUGAGUCUGACCAGGACGACCACUACUACUCCACACUUGACGACAACAACCAGGAUGAAAACGAGUACGACUACGUUGAUCUUGAUGCUCUGAGACAACAACAUAAUUAAGAAAAUAAGAAGAAAUUACAUAAGAAGCAAAAUAAUAGAGGAAGCGAGGGAUAAAAUUAACGAAGGGAGGGGAGGGGAUUAGAGAGAGAGAGAGAGAGAGAGAGAGAGAGAGAGAGAGAGAGAGAGAGAGAGAGAGAGAGAUGUCUCUUGUCCCGUCGUGAUGCUGAUAUCUCCCUGUGUGUGUGUGUGAGACUGACGGAUUAUGAGAGAACAGGGAAAGACAAGAGAUAGGGAAAGAAAAGAAGACGAUAAUGAGAAACUUUUGGAUGUCUAGGCUGGGAGGUCAGAAAGUCGUGACUCUAGAUGGACUUUCGUCAACACAACUUACGAAACUUUGGAUCACAUAGAGGCUAAUGUCGUGUUAACUAUCGGUGCCGUCCUUAUCACACACAAACCUGGUAGAACAAAGGAGAGAGAGAAAUAUUACAGAAAAAUCAUUGGGAAAGUAUUUUGUGUGUUGCAUUGAAGUGACAGUAAGAACGUAAAUAAUUUGAAAUGUUGAAGCAGUCAGGAAUGUUUAUAAUGUUAGAAAGGGUUGACACUUUACUGGAUUACCACACGAUGAGGUCAAUACAUAAACCAUGAUGAUUGACACCAAGUCCAGGUAUGAACAACGACUAGUAAUAACUGAUAGGACAAAGCCAGUCAGUGUGACAAAGGCUCGUCAUAUCUGCCUGACAUUAUGACAUAUCCUGUACACUGCAUCAGGGACCGGAUUCUCAUGCUUAGAUUUUGUUUACCUUUAUUAAUGUUAAAAAUAUAGGAUUUAUUUUGGGUUUGCUUUUGUUGUUAAUAAUGAUGACUGUGAGGUGAUAAUUUAUUCAAGUGUAUAUUAUGAAUUGGCAGAGUGCGGCGGUCGAGUGAAUACAGCGUUCACCUCCUGUUCCGACCUCUCAGUUCACCCAGCUGUCUCUUAACUAGUACUAAGUGAAUGUUUCUUCUUACGUGUAAUUUUAAACUCCUUGUACCUGCCAUUCUAUACUGUUUUGUGACUGUCAUACCUGUAUACUACCCCCCCUCCCCCCUGUAUGUUGUUGAUUGUGUAAAUACUCUCAUGUUUUCUGAUGUACUGUAUAUCUGGAAUCAAAUUUUGUAAUAAAAAAAUUUAAGGUGA